GGACUAGCGGAAGAGAGGAAGUGAAAGACAGGAAGACUGCAAGAGAGCAACAACAGCGGAGCUCUGUGUCUGUUCACUGUGACCGGACAAGAGAUGAUAUUAUGAACCGAUUAACAUAUUGGAUAAAUAUACAGUUAAUUUAAAACAUUGAUUAAUUCCAAUUUAUGGACAGAUCCAGAUAUCAGAUUACAAAUUUAUUACCUUUACCCAAAGAAACCGUACAUUUUCUGCUGAGAUUAUUAGUUCGGAAGAGAGUUUGUAUCAGAUAAUACCUUAGAUUUAGUAAAUAAACAACGCACUUCGGUAACUUUAUUAGCAUGCCUUAUAUCGAUGUGAUCUGAUGAAAUGAUUGUUUUGUGGAGCGGAAGAUCAGAUGUGUUCAGAGACGAUUAAACAGAGUUUCAACACCAGAAGGAAUUCAGAGAGAUGGAUGAGGUAUUGGAGAAGUUUCUGGAAGAUCAGAAAUCAAAGAUAGCAGAGGAGAAGGCAUGUCUGGAACAGGAGCCCCCUUACAUGGAGAUGAGGAGGCGGACAGGCCACGUUCUUCAGAAAGAGAACAUCCCUCCACACGCAAGUCAGCAAGAUGGAGUUAGCUUGCCACUCGGAGAGGAAUAUGAGAGAAAGAAACACAAACUGCAAGAGGAACUCAGGAAUGAUUACAGGAAAUACAAGGCAGAGAAAGACCACUUUGAAGCUUGUGACAUUCACACAGUUCAAGAGAGAAGACGAAUACCCAGGACAGUCCGUGUAAGGGAUGUGGCCACCCUUACAGAGGUGUGUGGACUGGGAUGGGGUGUGUGUAGCUCUGAGGAAGACUGCAGUGAUGAAGAACUCAAGCUUUUGCAAGGGAGGCGACAUCAGAGAGAGAGAGACACCAGGACAGCAAACAGAAGAGGGGAAUUGUUCACAGAGAUGGGACAACAGACAAGCAAGCUACAGCACAGAAACAGGUCAAAGAUCCAAAUUGCGACCCAAGCCAAUGAAAGAUCUGUAUCUGUGGCCAGUCAGGACACAGUUUGCACCACAGGACUUUUAAUAGGUGCAGUGGGUCUGGAGGGCACACUGCGGAGGAAAAAGGAGCGUUACAGACAUGAACUACAGGAACAAAUCGCAGAGAAACAGAGUCACCGGAGGAGGGAGAAGGAACUGGACCUGAGAGUUUCAACAGAUGCUGAGAAAAAGCAGCUCUUUGUGAGUGAGGCGCCUGCGUACAGAAAGCAACCCAGGGAUAACAUCAUCCGCCUGCACACUGCUGAGACUCCUGAGGGUGUUCUGCAAUACAGGACAGACCCUAUUUCACCCUGCAGGAUGCCUUUUGUCCUUACUCAACUCCCAUUCCUUACAGAUGACUAUAAGACUCCAAAUAAUGAUGCUGAGAGUUUGCUGAGUCCCAAUAGAGCCUAUUGCCCAAUAACAGGGGUUUCUUUUUCAUCAUCAUCAGGAGAGCCACACCCACUCAGUCCACACAGGAGAAGCACUCACAGACAGAGGAUUGUGGGUGAGAAUGAAGUUGUGAGUUCAGGUCUUUUAGCGUUUCCUGCACAUCACGCAAAGACAAACAGCCUCAACUAUAAAGAGGAGCUCAGAAAGCAGAUAGAGGAGCGGGCCGCACAGAGGAGGGUGGACAGAGAGGAGAAGCGAAGACUGGAAGCUGAACUUGAAGCUGAUAUGAGAGCAUAUGAACCCUGGGGAAGAGGCGGAGGCGGUGCACCACUCAGAGACAGCACUGGAAAUCUAAUCACUGAUCUGAAGCAGAUGCAUCUUUUGAAUGAAGCAGCUGCAGCACCACCACCACAAAGACCGGAGAGGCCAGGAUUUGUUGAGACACACACUCCACAGUUUGCAAGAGGAAAUGUGUUUAAUCAGAUCCUGCCACCCCAGCAACUACUGGAGCAAGACCAAUACAAAGCUUACCUGAAACAACAGAUAGAAGAAAAGCAAAGGAAGCAGGCGGAGGAGAGAGAGCGGAUGAGGGAAGAAGAGGAGAGGGAGGACAGACGACUGGCAGAACAGAGAGAGAAAAUCAGGAGAGAGUAUGAAGAAGAGCAGGAGAACAGAAAACGCAGAGAGAUGGAGCAAAAGCUGAAGAAUGAAGAACUUACUCGUCUUGUGGAAGAGAGACGGAGGGCUGCAGAGAAAAAGAAAAAAGAAGAAGAAGAGAAAGAGAGAGCAGCUGUAAGAAAACAGGAAGAGCAAGAGAGACAAAUACGACAGCAACAGGUUCAACGUGCACCUUCCCCUCCCAUCCCAACCCUACAAAAUAAACACAGAAACCCUUCAAAUGCUACGGAUUUCUCUGCGCUUCGGGCUUCUUCGCCUCCAGAGAACAGAAACAACCAGAGAACAGAGAAGGACAGAAGUGAGGUUGUUAAUGAGCUGUGUGCGUUAAGAAGACGUCUGCGCAGUGAACAGCGGCGUCUGGAGGAGCAGCUCUUGCAGACGGAGUGGGAGCAUUUUCCCUCCCCUUUCAAUGACAGGCACAGGACGGAUGUGUUUGACAUGGCUCGUUUGCGUAUGCCUGUGCGAGGCCCCUCCGCCCGUGGCACUGAGCCAAUCAGCUCAAAGGAAGCCGAUGACAUCAUGUACAGGGAUGCAUUUAUGCCUCUUGCUAGAACAAGGAAUUCUAGGAACAGAGAUGUUGAGGGGGGACGAGGAUCUGUGCUUCUGUCAGAAAGUGAAUUUAUUGAUCAGAAUGGAAAUGCUUUCCCAGUUCCUCCAGACGUUGAGAGGAAAUCUGCCAAACAGUCUGCACGAGAGCGACGCAGACUAGCAAACCUGCAGUCUGCAGAGAACAAGGCAGUGCAGCUGCAGCCGCAGCCCUUCAAUAUAAGGAAGCUCAGAGACACAAACACUCCCAGGAAGAAGGGACUACAAGCCUUCAGCCAUCACAACACCACAGCAGGAGGCUGCUUGGAUGAUGAUGAGGAAGCAAAUCGUGGUGAUGGGCAUUUUACCCUGCAGUCUCCUGGCAGGCCCAGCUCUAUUGAUACAGCCACUACAGAGCCCUGGAUUCGAGCGGAGUCAUCAGACACACUUAGGAGGCUAAUGUCCGCCUCUGAACUUUAAGAUUGGCCAUUACAUGCAUAACCGCACUGAGUGUGUGAGCUUGUUAUUGCAAUGCAGUAUAGGAUGUUUCAUGUAGUCUUCAAAUCUCUUAAAUAAAAGGAUGAUCAGC